AUGUUUAUCCCACCAAUUCGCUUCGCGCCCUUUCAAGUCUCCAAGCCAAAUACCACGAGCGAUACUAGUACGAGCAAUAGUGGUACUACGAGUAGUGUUGCGUCGCCACAAGCUAGCGGGCAGAAUACUUCGCAUACGUCCUACUAUGCAUCUUCGUCGUCUGCAGCGACACCUUCGAGUGGUGCCGCGGCGGAGGGCCAGAUGGGAUCGGGUGGUGGGACAACAGGGGCGCAGGGGGGGAAGUAG